GCGCGUUUCGCUCCGUUUGUCCCACUUCGCCUGCCGUACUGAGAAAAGGGGCGGGAGGAGCGCGGGGUCACGGGAGAGUUGCAUGCUGGGAAAACACGUGUGGCUGAAGAUCCGAGCGGUUCAGGUGACACGUGAAGUUUGCCAACAUGUCGUCCAAGAAGAACAAGGACGGCGAUGAGCGCUUCCUCCGGGUGCAGAAGGACCCCAGGUUCUGGGAAAUGCCCGAGAGAGAGCGCAAAGUCAAGAUUGACAAGAGAUUCAAGUCCAUGUUUCACGACAAACGCUUCAAGGUGAAGUACACGGUGGACAAGCGAGGACGUCCCAUCAACCACACGUCCACAGAGGACCUGAAGCGCUUCUACAACAUCUCUGACUCUGAGGACGACGAGGAUGAGGAUGACGUCAAGAGCAAGAAGGUGGCAGAAAGCAAGAAGAAGAAGAAAGUGAAGGAGAAGCUGGUGAAGAAGGAAAAUCCAAUGCAGAGCAGAGAUGCUAAUGCUAAAGCAGAGCAGCCUGAGCAAGGGGUCCGAGUGGUUGAAGAGGAUGAGGACGAUGAUGAGGAGGAGCAGCAUUCUGCAGAGGAAGAUGAUGUUGAUCUGGGAGACAGUGUCACCGAUGGCAGUGAGGAGGAUGAAGAGGAUGAUGAGGAGGAGGAUGAUGAUGGAAAAGAAGAGGAGAGUGACGAGGCGAGCGGAUCAGAUGAAGAGGAGUCUGGUCUGGAUUCUGAGGAGGACAGCGACAGCGGGCCGGAUCUGGCCAGAGGGAAGGGAAACAUCGAGACCAGCUCUGAUGAAGACGAUGAAGACGACGUGGAUGCCAUCCUCAGGAAGGAGGAAGAGGAGAUUGAACACGACUGGGGAGAGCUGUGCAAAGACGCUCCCCGCAGCGAGGAGGUUUCUGCCCGACUGGCCGUCUGCAACAUGGACUGGGACCGGAUGAAAGCCAAAGACCUGCUGGCUCUGCUGAACUCAUUCACACCUAAUGGAGGAGCUGUGCUGUCUGUUAAAAUCUAUCCAUCAGAGUUUGGGAAGGAGAGGUUGGCGGCAGAGCAGACGCAGGGACCGCUGGAGCUGAGAGCUCUGCCCGACGACUCGGAGGACGACACCGAGGAGGAGAAGGUUUACAGAGAGAAGAUGCGCGACUACCAGUUCAAGCGUCUGAAGUAUUUCUACGCCGUGGUGGAGUGUGACUCAGUCAACACUGCUGCCAAAAUCUACGAGGAGUGUGACGGCUACGAGUACGAGAGCAGCUGCUCCGUCCUGGACCUGCGGUUUAUUCCUGAUGAUGAGAAGUUUGAUGAGGAGCCCAAAGACGUGGCGACGGAUGUAAACCUCUCAGCCUACACACCCAAACUGUUCACCUCGUCUGCCACAACAACCUCAAAGGUGCAGCUGACGUGGGACGAGACGGACCACGAGCGCGUGACCGCCCUGAACAGGAAUUUCAACAAGGAUGAGCUGCUGCACAUGGACUUCAACGCCUAUCUGGCCUCCUCCAGCGAAGAAGAGGACGAAGAAGAAGAAGGAGGGUUUGAGUUUGGAGAGGAGACUGAUGAUGAUGGCGUCACAGCCGGAGCUUCGCAGACAGAAGAACCCGUCAUGGUGCUGCAGAAGAAACCUCAGAGGGAGGAAGACAAGAAGAAGCAGAAGAAGAACAAAAGUGAGGAGCAGAUCUCCAAAUACAGAGAGCUGCUGAAAGGGAUCCAGGACAAAGAGAAGAAGCUGCAGGAGGACAAAGCCAUGGAGAUGGAGAUCUCCUGGGUGCCAGGGCUGAAGGAGACGACGGAGCAGCUGGUGAAGAAGAAGUUGGAGGGGAAGGAUCAGCUGACGCCCUGGGAGGACUUCCUGGAGAAGAAGAAAGAGCGAAAGAAGCAGAAGAAGUCUCAAAGAAAUCAGGGAGAAGAAGAAGAGGAGCUCAGUGAAGAAGAUAUUCCUUCAGACGUCGAUCUCAGUGACCCUUUCUUCGCUGAGGAGCUCGCUGCUACAGACAUGAAGAAGAAACAGAAGGGGAAGAAGAAGAAGACGCAGGAGGAGGAGGAGCGGACGGCUGAGGAGGAAGAGGAGCUGGAGAAACAAAAGGCGGAGAUGGCGCUGCUGAUGGAGGACGACGGAGAAGACGCCAAACAGAAACACUUCAACUAUGACAAAAUCGUGGAGCAGCAGAACCUGAGCAAGAAGAAGAAGAAGCAGCUGCUGAAGAAGGGCGAGGAGCCGCUGGAGGGCGACGACUUCCAGGUCGACGUCAAAGACCCUCGUUUCCAGGCCAUGUUCACCUCCCACCUGUUCAACCUGGACCCGUCGCACCCCAGCUACAAGAAGACGAAAGCCACGCAGAGCAUCCUGACGGAGAAGCAGCGCCGCCGAGAGGAGGAGGAGCAGCGGCGGGCGGAGGUCACGGCUGCUGGUAAACAGGAAGCUGCGGGAACGAAACGUGAAAAUGACUCAGACGCUCCGACGGUCGAAGCCGCCUCGAAGAAAUCGAUGGACCCGAAUCUGUCGCUGCUCAUCAAGUCGAUAAAAAGCAAAACGGAGCAGUUUCAGGCUCGGAAGAAACAGAAGCUCAAGUAGGUGUGAAGACAGAAACUGAUGGACUGAGACUCUUCGUCUGCCGGGUUGGUCCUGGUGACGCAGGUUCUGGACCGCUGGGUUCUGUUUGAUGCGUUUGUACGUGAAAAAGUCCAGACGGACGAGGAGUGAAGAACAUUUGUUGUAAAAACUGAAUCCUGCUGCCACAGAUCAUGUUGAAAUGUUUUAUUUCUACACAGAGAAAAUCAGUACAGACAUUCACUCACAGCUCAGUUGACAAGAUGCUACAGUCAUUGGAGUUUGAUUGGACCUCAUUCAAGAACAGAGUUCUUCUUCUGUGGUACAAACGAGCGACUAUGAUCUUCUGUGCGCUUCACAUUUUUGACACUGAAUUUUUGGAUCAAAUGACUUGUAAAAAGAAGUAAGGUGAAGAUAUUUAAUAACAGAUAUGCAAAAUUAAAGGACUCAGAUUGAGGACUAAAAACA